AGUCAGACCUGGUCCAUUACGGUAAGAGGUGACCGCCGACGGAGUGUACAUCUUGUCUGAGAUGGACCACCAUCUAUGUCUGGUCCUAGCACUGGCCAUUGUGGUCAGUGUUAACACACAACGACCUAGCACAAUUUUAGUCCGCAUUGUUGGCACUUCUGCGACCUAUGGUAGAGUGGAAGUCAGAAACAACGCUACAUCGCCAUGGGGAACAGUGUGUUCCGAUUACUGGGGGAACAAAGAUGCUACUGUCACCUGUCGAAUGCUGGGCUACCGCUGGGGGACGGCCCUCUAUAACUACGGCGGUGGGAGCGGCAUGAUCUACAUGGACAACGUACAUUGUACAGGCAAUGAGAACACGCUCGCCUCAUGUCCGUAUGCUGGCUGGGCCAAUCACAACUGUCGUAGCCAUAACAGAGAUGCGGGAGUGUCUUGUUCCAACGAUAACUUCCGUUUGGUUGGCAACACGCUAGUCUCCGGGAACAGAGCGCCUUCCACAUCGUUUGGUGCUGUGCAAUACCGAGAUCCGACCGGCUGGAAACCAGUGUGCGACUCUAGCUGGGACGACAGAGAUGCCCAGGUUUUGUGCAGGUCUCUGGGCUACCGGGAUGGGUCAGCUCUGUGUUGCAGUAAACUCAGCCCCUACACCCGUAAUCCAACCCUGUACACAAGGCGCUCAAGGACGAACUUUAACUGUUCUGGGAACGAAGCUAGCAUCUUCAACUGCACAAAUCAACUGCGUAACAGAGACUGCAGUUAUAAACGAUUCGCGUCAGCAAUCUGCUACUCUCAACCGAAGGGUGAAGUUGAGAUGGGAUUCAGCCUUCGUCUUGUAAACGGCACAGACGUGUCAGGGCAAGUUGAAGUCACAAAGCUCGGGGUUGCGGGUAAAAUUUGUGCCAGCAACUGGAACGUCAACGCCUCCAACGUGGUGUGCAAGCAUCUUGGCUUCAGAGGCGGUGUCACCUACGGCACUACGUACGCAAGGACUGACCUUCCUGUGUGGAUCACGUCAGUGAACUGUACUGGCCAGGAGACGAGUCUGGACCAAUGUGUUUCCUCCGUCUGGGGAGUACCAACAGGCUCCUGCUAUCCUGCCAAUGUCCUCUGUUACAAUACCGGUCCUCCACAACUCAGCCUUGCUGGUGGAGAUUCCAGCCACGGCCGAGUGGAAAUCACCCUCGACGGAGAGACAGGCACAGUCUGUGACAACAGCUUCACGAACGGAGAUGCAAGAGUUGUCUGCCAAAUGUUAGGCUUCAAGGACGGAAACUACCUGACUGCUUCGUACUACGGGAGAGGGAGCGGUCCCAUCUUUAUGGAUCGUUUAUAUUGUGGGGGAUCUGAACAGACACUGUGGUCCUGUCGUAACCGAGGCUGGAGGAAUCCUGCAUCAUCCUGUGUCGACCACUCGAAGGACGCUUCAGUCACCUGCUUCAAUGAAUUGAGAUUAUACGGAGGAGAUCAUGGCCACGGUGUAGUCCUCAUCUGGAGGCAGGUCGGAAGGUACUCGAGAUGGCAGCCCCUUUGUGGAACUGGCUUUGAUGACACGGCUGCAAAAGUCGUCUGUCGAGAACUUGGCUUCCAGAAUGGCCGAGCCUUGCCAAGGGGAUCCUAUGGCACCUACUACUACUACUACUUAGGCAGCAACAUCACCUGCACUGGUAACGAGGCCUCAAUCAGUAAUUGCACGUUGGGAAGUGGGACAUGCAGUCGUCAGGGCUAUACCCGAUAUGCGUCAGUUUCCUGCUACAAUGGCACUCUAAAUACAAACACUUCUAUCAAGCUCACUGGCGGACCUGACCAGUAUAGUUCUGUCACGGGCCACGUGGCAGUUACAAAGUCUGGAAUUUCCGGGAGAAUCUGCGAGGUGAAUUGGGAUGACACAGACGCAGGUGUCGUCUGCCGCCAACUGGGAAUGGCGGGUGGUGUCAGCUAUCAGUUCUACACACGAGCUUUUGGACCGUUCCUGUUGUCCGAGGUGAACUGCUUCGGCAACGAGACCUCUCUGUUUAAUUGUGCCACCGGAAGUGAGGUCUGCACAUCUCGGAAUUAUGCUGAUUUCGACGCAGGUGUUUUGUGUUACAGAAACAAUCCAACCCGCUUGGAGCUGGUUGGAGGAACUGCGAUGUCAGGGAGGGUAGAGAUCAUCUACGAGGGCGUGCGAGGCACCGUGUGCUACAGUUAUCGUUCACCGAACGUCCCACAAGCUGUGUGUAGGCAACUGGGCUUCAAUGACGGUAUUGCCUCAAGUUCGUUUGGCCCUGGAAGUGGACAAGUGUACUUAUCUAAUCCCUACUGUUACGGGAUAGAGUCAAGCAUAUUCCAGUGUGUCAAUAAUAAGUUUGGUGCAACCACGACCAGAUGUCAGAAUCACGCCAACGAUCUGGGCGUCGAAUGUUACGGAAAUGUGAAACUUGUACGAGGCACUACGAAUGUAAAUGCGUCCACUGGCAUAGUACAGUUCUACAAAGACAGCUCUUGGCGCAUCAUCUGUGGCAGCGGCUUUGACAACUACGAUGCGACAGUCGUGUGUAGGGAGCUGGGGUACCCUUAUGGCUUUGCUCUUCCCAGGGGGACGUUUGGAACUCAAUAUUAUACCGCCGCGAUCAGCUACUUGAACUGUACCGGCUCAGAGACCACUGUAGCCAACUGCGGCUUCAGAGUGGGCGGCUGCGUCAACCGCUACCCCUACAACAAUUACGCCAGCGUCAUCUGCUCUAAGCAACCUGUCACCAACGAUUUUGACGUUGUACUUGGCACAACCUUCCCAUCUAUGGUGAGGAUUCAGAAGAUGGGGUUGAAUGCGACUGUCUGCAAUAACGGGUGGGGAGACGAGGAAGCUGGGGUGGUUUGCCGAUCCAAGGGAUACGUGUCGGGUGUGGCGUUUGGCGCUUUGGGAUACGCCUACAACACCCCUCCCCGCCUGUUUGCGGCUAGCUGUAUCGGUAACGAGACGAGGCUUCAGGACUGCGCCGUUUCUACAAGCCUUCCGUAUUCUUGCGCCUCGUCCUAUUACAAGGCUGCAUACGUCUACUGCUACAACGACAACACAGGAGUGAACCUCCGUCUGAUAAAGAACGGACAAAUAUCCAACAGUGCUGGACGCGUCGAGGUUCAGUUCGGCGGUGUGUGGGGCAGCGUCUGUGCUUACAGCUUCAGCUCCAGCAGCGCACGCGUGGUGUGCAAGUCCCUGGGCUACCCUGAUGGCUCCGGUAAAAGCACGAGCACCUACGGCAGAGGGACUGGACCCGUGUGGUUGUAUUCUCCAACGUGCUCAGGUACAGAGAAGGCGCUAUGGAACUGUCGAUCCAGCAGGUUCAAUGUCACCAACAGCUACCCCUGCAACGGUCACCGAUACGACGUUGGAGUGCAGUGUUCUGGUCUAGUUCGCCUCCGACCAAACAGACAGUAUGGCGCUGUUCAGGUGUACGACGGCGUCAGCAGCUACCAGACAGUAUGUGCCGACAACUUCAACGACAUCAGCGCCAAAGUUGUGUGCAACCAGAUUGGCUACCUGUACGGCGUCAGUGUCGGUGCCUCCGCCUUCGGCAGACAGUACUACGGCAUUGGCUACACUAACGUCCGCUGCACAGGCCGCGAGACUCGCUUCAGAGACUGCCCUCAUGACAUCAGCAUGACCUACUGUCCCAGUAGGAAGUAUGCCUCGGCGGUCUGCUCCAACACGAACCCUCGAUCAGGGUACACCCUCGCCCUACAAAACACGUACCAGGGCCGCGUCACGAUCGGUCACAUGGGCAUCAGUGGCUACAUUUGCCCCGACGGCUUCGACGACAGGGAGGCCAUGGUGAUCUGCCGAGAAAAGGGAUACACCGGCGGCUUCGCCUACACCUACUACAACAGAUACUACUCCUUCUACACCAUUUCCACAGUGAGAUGGUUGUCCAAUAUUAACUGUGACGGCUCAGAAACCUACCUCUCUAACUGUGCUGGAGUUCGGUUCGGCGACACUGCCAACUGUUCUUCCCAAGGGGAUGCCGCCGUCUACUGCUACCAAACUAGUGGUCUACAGGUGCGCCUGGGAAACAAGACGGGGUCUGCUGGUCGGGUUGAGCUGAGCGUGGACGGGUCCUGGGGUACCAUGUGUACACUAUACUCGGGGUGGUACAUGGACAAAAACGCCGACGUCCUCUGCCGCAUGCUCAACUACACCACCGGUCGUCACAUGGGUCUGGGAACAUUUGGCCCCGGAAGUGGAACCAUCUAUCUUAGCCGUCUGAACUGCAAAGGGACGGAGAGAUCUAUCUCUGAGUGUGCGUCUCGGUGGAGGCAGAGCUACUUCAGCUGUUCUAACCACCAGAAGGAUAAUGCUAUCAUGUGUUAUGACAACGUUCGUGUAAUGGGAUCCUCCACCGUCAACUACGGCCGUGUCGAAGUGUACAGGAACAACCAAUGGUCCCCCGUCUGCGACCACAACUUCGACAACACUGCUGCCCGCGUUGUAUGCAGGAAACUAGGCUACACUGACGGCAAGUCUCAGUGCUGUAACGCAGUGGGAGAUGUCGACGCCUCCACCAUCACCGUCACCGUCAAUGGUUGCACUGGCACUGAGUCGGACCUCCUCAGCUGCAACCUUGCUUUUGGCACCUGCACUACCGGCAAAUACGCCACCGUCUAUUGCUCCUACAACAACAUACGCCGUAACGACGCCGCUGUCCGUCUUCAAUAUAGUUCCAGGGAUUAUGGCUCCAUUCAGGUCAAUAGGUACGGAUUCUGGGGACCCGUUUGCAACGUUGGCUGGAACAAUAAGGACGCCGACGUUGCAUGCCGUUCUAUGGGCUUUGUUGGUGGCGUCACCUUCAGUGGGCAGAUCUACUCAUCGACUCCCAUGUUGGUUGGAAAAUUCAACUGUCAGGGUGGAGAGACUAAUCUGACCAGCUGUCCUUUCAGUGACCUUGACGACAAAGUUGACCUCGGCUGCAACUCCCCACCGGGACAAUCUAGACAGAGCGCUGGUGUCCUCUGCUAUAAUAACGAAAAUGGCGCCUCUGUAAGGUUGGCUGAUGGUGGGUCUUACUAUGGUCGUGUAGAGGUGAACUACAAUGGCGUUUUGGGGCGUGUGUGUGGCUGGUCCUGGGGCGACGUCGACGCUAAGAUCGCCUGUCGUCAACUAGGUUUUCUGGAUGGGAGUGCAUUACCAGUCACUGAAAACAACAAUACCAAAGUGUGGAUGAACUAUGUGUCAUGCAGCGGUUCAGAAGCAUCCUUGUUUGAAUGCACCAAAUAUUGGAACUACAGAUGGGGAUGUUCUAGGGAUGCGGGAGUCGUCUGCUACAACAAAAUCCGACUGAUGCGCGGCAACCAGUUCUCCGUGGGUGUGGUCGAGGUAAACACCAACAACAAUUGGGGCAGCAUCUGCAGCAAUGGCUGGAGCGACACCGACGUUUCCGUGGCCUGUAAGGAGCUUGGGUAUCAGAAUGGCUUCAACCUGUGCUGUGGGGUGUACGGGAGUCAGUCCUAUAGCGUUAUGGAAAAUGUCCAAUGUACAGGAAGCGAAAACAACCUAGUGACCUGCCACCAUGACGUCCCUACUAGCAGAUACUGCCGCGGACCCGAUGCCUCCGUGGCCUGCUACAACGGCACUGCCGCUACCGCGUUCACAUGGUCCCUCGCUGACGGCAACAACUACACUGGCGAGGUCAUCGUCAACUACAUGAACAUGGUCGGUCGUAUCUGCACUGAUGAUUGGGAUGACAAAGAUGCAACUGUGGCGUGUAGAGAACUGGGAUACAGCAAAGGCCACGCCUACACCCACUACAAAUACUCCUUCAAUGCCGACAACGGACCCUUCUGGACGUCAAAAAUGAACUGUGCCGGCACAGAGAACCGUCUAGUGGAUUGCUCCCGAACACAACUGGGUAAAGUGACGUCAUGCCAAAAUUCCCACUCUGCUGGUGUGCUGUGCGGCGACAAUGUUGGUAUUUACUACAGCCUCUCCAAUGGAGGCCCUGAGAACGCAGGUCGAGUGGAAGUGUCUGUCAAUGGCGUGUUGGGUUCCGUAUGUCGCUCCUACUUCGACAGUAGGGAGGCUACAGUCAUGUGUAGAGGCCUGGGCUAUAAUGUAGGCUUGGUGGAUUACUACACCAAGUACCCUAACGCCUCCGGGCCCGUGUACGAGAGUAGAUUCCGGUGUACAGGCAACGAAGGAUCACUGGCAGAGUGCCCACAUCAGGGCUGGAAGGUCGCAACCAGUAGAUACUGCAUGAACCACAACUACGACGCUGCCAUCACCUGCUACGGAGACAUCAAACUGGCGUCUGGGUUCUCCCCGGACAUCAAGCAAGGUCCAGUUCAGGUGUGGAGGAACAACACUUGGCACUACGUGUGCGACACCAACUUUGAUGACCUCACCGCGAAGACUGUGUGUAGAAGUCUUGGCUUUGUGGAUGGGAAGGCCCUGUGCUGCUCAGCCUAUGGAUCGAAAUACGUCAGGUACUCCUGGUACGGCAACGGCCCCGGCAGCUUCCUGCCCAACAUUACGAUGAAUUGUGACGGUACCAAGUCCGACCCCAUGACGUGCCUCACACCCGGCACCUGCUCCAACGACUACGCCUCGGUUGUCUGCUUCAACACCUCAGACGCGGUCGAAGAAACCUACACCCUCGGAUUUGACGACUCUACUUCGGACAGUGGUCAGAUCGCUGUGCAGCACUACGACACGAAAGGCCGGAUAUGCAACACUUUCUGGACCGACACGGAGGCUGCAGUCUUCUGUAAGGGCCUGCACUACGACAACGGUAUCGCCUACCACCACUCUGUGAAAUACAACUACCAUCCUAUCAGAUCACGUGGUCCCUUCUGGCUCAGCGCCGUGAACUGUACCGGAAGUGAGACGUCCUUGACAGACUGCGCCUACAACGACAGGAAGAGUUUGGGCAACUGCAGCUCCGCCGACAUUGCUUCAGCCAUCUGCUUCAACGGAGACAAAAGUAUCCAGUACCGCAUGGUGGCGCCCGAUGGAACACAACAGAACUACGGUCGUGUGGAGAUGUCUGUAGGUGGUGUGUGGGGAACAGUGUGUGACAGAUACUUCGACAACCGCGAGGCCGGCGUCUUCUGCCGUCAGAUGGGCUACAAGGACGGCUACGCCAUACCAAACGCCUUCUACGGCCAGGGGAGUGGCCCGAUGUGGCUCAGCGGACUACAGUGCGACGGCUCCGAACCCAGCCUCCACAGCUGCCCUCACUCCGGCUUCAACAGCGAGGUCGUCUCGGGUUUCAGCUUCUGGUCGUGCCAGAGUCAUCGCGAUGACGUCUCCGUUCUCUGUGUCGACAAUGUGAGGGUUAACUCCGGCCUCAACGCCUCCAUGGGCGCAGUAGAGGUGUACUCCAACAACAAAUGGAACGCCGUGUGCGACAGCGGCUUUGACGCAAACGCCGCUCGAGUCACCUGUAGGACAAUGGGCUUUAACUUUGGCAUAAACAUCGGUGGUUCAUUGUUUGGCAUAACCGACGGUCCAAUCGGCAUUAGCCAGGUGACGUGCAAUGGACGGGAGGCCAACUUCAAACAGUGCUCUACGACAGCAUCAACAACCUGCAAAAGUGGAACCUACGCCUCUGUGGUGUGUUCCAACGACCCUAUAACUGAUAGUGGGUUCAUGUCUCGCCUUGUUGCUGACGAUCUGGUGGCGGAUACCCAUGGGUUUCUGGAGGUAAAUAUCAACGGCAUCUGGGGCAGCGUCUGCGCCUCAGGCUUCGACGACCGAGCAGCUAACGUCGCAUGUAAGCAGCUACGUUUCAAAGGGGGCGUUGCCUACUCGCCCGCAAUAUACAACCCCUUCCACAGUACCGGUCAACACAUCAUCAGCGAGACACGCCCCAUCUUGAUGACGGAGGUGGUCUGCAAUGGCAAUGAGGACAGUCUGGCAAAGUGUGCAUACAAGGCUCGCAGUACCACCAAGUGGUGUGACUAUUACGCCCCAAGAGCUGGAUUGCUUUGUUACAGGAACGCUGGUGUACAGUAUCGCUUGGCUGGCCAGGCAGGUGGCAACCCUCUGCAAGGUCGUGUUGAAAUGAAGUAUGACAACCAAUGGGGCACCAUCUGUGACGCCUCCGUCUCCUCCAACACCGCCAAGGUUGCCUGCAAGAGCCUCGGCCACGUGGAUGGACUCCCAGUGACCAGUGCCCGCUACAUGGUCGCAAAUGACAACAGGCCAAUAUGGUUCCAUUACUUUAAAUGCUACGGAAAUGAGACCACACUGCCUACAUGUAUGAAUGAUGGUUUCUAUUCAACGUUGUCCAUCUACAGGUUGUUUUGGUCGUCUUACUGUAAAAGGAUUGGACCAGCAUCAGCCAAGUGCUACAAUAAGGAGAUCAAGGUAACAAACGUUCGUCUUGUUGACGGCCCAACCAACAACACUGGUAGAGUGGAGGUAUACCUUCAGGGACCCGACCAGUGGGGCACCGUCUGUGACGACGUAUGGGAUGACCAAGACGCCACCGUUGUCUGCAUGAUGUUCGGCUUUGCAAAGGGAAAGGCCAUGAAAAAGGCUUUUUACGGUCAGGGUCAGGGACAAGUCUGGAUGGACAAUGUUGGCUGCAAAGGGAAUGAAGCUCACAUACAGGAUUGUUCAUUUAACGGAUUUGCCAUACACAACUGCGCACACAGCGAGGAUGCCGGUGUACAAUGCUCAGGGGUGCUGCCAACAACUACUGCUACCGGUCCCACGGGCGGUCCUGUUACUCAGAAGAUCUCCAGUAACGCGCCCCCAGCAGCAGCCAUUGCAGUCCCUAUCGUGUGUGCACUGCUCAUCGCCGCUGCCGUCUGUGGCUUCCUGUACUACAGACGCCGAUACAAAUACAAAGACACCUUGACCCAAGGGCUUGUGCCUGACACCCAGGCCACCUCGAGGGGUGGAUUCGGAGUGUCACUCGGGGGAGCGUCCGCCUUCUUUUCCAAGUCGGUAAAUGGGGGAGACGUUUCGGGAGUGAGCAACCCAAAUUAUGACAAUGCUUCACCAAUCGAGGCUUCCAUUUCACAUGUCGAUGAUUCCGCAAGCAAAGAACAUGACAGGCUUGAUCGUUCGAGAAGUGUCUACAUCGGACAGUUUCUAGAAGGCUGGCAGUACCUAUACUAUACCGACUCAACCCUGAGGGGAUACUACAACAGCAAGUUAAUCCUUGUUGACGUCAGUCAUCAAACCUCGUCCAUUAAGGUAAAGAGCGCGACUGUUGACGGAGAGUACACAUUCGAUGAAAUGGACCACCAUCUCAGUCUGGUCCUAGCACUGGCCAUUGUGGUCAGUGUUAACGCACAACAACCUAGCACAAUUUUAGUCCGCAUUGUUGGCACUUCUGCGACCUAUGGUAGAGUGGAAGUCAGAAACAACGCUACAUCGCCGUGGGGAACAGUGUGUUCCGAUUACUGGGGGAACAAAGAUGCUACUGUCACCUGUCGAAUGCUGGGCUACCGCUGGGGGACGGCCUUUCGGUACUUCGGCGGCGGGAGCGGCAUGAUCUACAUGGAUAACGUACAGUGUACAGGCAAUGAGAACACGCUCGCCUCAUGUCGCUAUUCGGGAUGGACUAUACACAACUGUAAUCAUUAUGAAGAUGCGGGGGUGGCUUGUUCCAACGAUAACUUUCGCUUGGUUGGAACCGCGCAAUACACGCAGCGACAGCGCACUUCAUCAUCGUUCGGUGCUGUGGAAUAUCGAGAUCCGACUGGCUGGAAACCUGUGUGCGAUUCUGGCUGGGACGACAGGGAUGCCCUGGUUUUGUGCAGGUCUCUGGGCUACCAGGAUGGGUCAGCACUGUGCUGUAAUCAACUCAGCCCCUACACCUCUAAUCCAUACCUGGACACAAGGCGCUCAAGGACGAACUUUAACUGUUCCGGGAACGAAGCUAGCAUCUUCAACUGCACAAAUCAACUGCGUACUUAUGGCUGCAGCUAUAAGCGAAUCGCAUCAGCUAUCUGCUACUCCCAAUUAAAAAGUCAAGUUGAGAUGGGAUUCAGCCUUCGUCUUGCAAAUGGCACAGACGUGUCAGGGCAAGUUGAAGUCACAAGGCUCGGGGUUGCGGGUAAAAUUUGUGCCAGCAACUGGAACGUCAACGCCUCCAACGUGGUGUGCAAGCAACUUGGCUUCAGAGGCGGUGUCACCUUCGGCACUACGUACGCAAGGACUGACCUUCCUGUGUGGAUCACGUCAGUGAACUGUACUGGCCAGGAGACGAGUCUGGACCAAUGUGUGUCCUCCGUCUGGGGUGUACCAAGAGGAUACUGUAAUCCUGCCAAUGUCCUCUGUUACAAUAACGGUCCUCCACAACUCAGCCUUGCUGGGGGUUCCAACCACGGCCGAGUGGAAAUCACUAUAAAUGGAGAGACAGGCACAGUCUGUGACAACAGCUUCUCGAACGGGGAUGCAAGAGUUGUCUGCCAAAUGUUAGGCUUCAAGGACGGAAACUACCUAGCUGGAUCGUACUACGGGAGAGGGAGCGGUCCCAUCUUUAUGGAUCGUUUAAGUUGUGGGGGAUAUGAACAGACACUGUGGUCCUGUCGUAACCGUGGCUGGAGGAAUCCUGAACCAUCCUGCGGCAACCACUCGAAGGACGCUUCAGUCACCUGCUUCAAUGAAAUAAGGCUUUCUGGGGGAGACCAUGGUCAUGGUGUAGUCCUUGUAUGGAACAACGUCGGCAGAUACUCUAGAUUCCAGGCGCUCUGUGGGACUGGCUUUGAUGACACGGCUGCAAAAGUCGUCUGUCGAGAACUAGGCUUCCAGAAUGGUCGAUCCUUGCCAAGGGGAUCCUAUGGCACCUACUACUACUCCACCUACUUAGGCAGCAACAUCACCUGCACUGGCAACGAGGCCUCAAUCAGGAAUUGCACGUUAGGAAGUGGGACAUGCAGUCGCCAGGGCUAUACCGGAUAUGCGUCAGUUUCCUGCUACAAUGGAACUCUAAAUACAAACUCUGCUGUCAAGCUCAGUGGCGGACCCGACCCGUAUAGUGCUGUCACGGGCCACGUGGCAGUUACAAAGUCUGGAAUUUCCGGGAGAAUCUGCGAGGUGAAUUGGGAUGACACAGACGCAGGUGUCGUCUGCCGCCAACUGGGAAUGGCGGGUGGUGUCAGCUAUCAGUUCAACACACGAGCUUUUGGACCGUUCCUGUUGUCCGAGGUGAACUGCUUCGGCAACGAGACCUCUCUGUUUAAUUGUGCCACCGGAAGUGAGGUCUGCACAUCUCGGAAUUAUGCUGGUUUCGACGCAGGUGUUUUGUGUUACAGAAACAAUCCAAUCCGAGUGGAGCUGGUUGGAGGAACUGCGAUGUCAGGGAGGGUAGAAAUCAUCUACGAGGGCGUACGAGGCACCGUGUGUAACAGUUAUGGUUAUUCAGCCGCCCCCAAAGCUGUGUGUCAGCAACUGGGCUUCAAUGACGGAAUUUCCUCCAGUUCGUUUGGCCCUGGAAGUGGACAGGUGUUCAUGUCCAACCCCUACUGUUUCGGGUACGAGACAAGCAUAUUCCAGUGUAGCAAUGCCGGGUUGGGUUCCACCACGCCUACCUGCCAGAAUCACGCGAACGACCUGGGCGUCCAGUGUUACGGAAAUGUGAAACUUGUACGAGGCACUACGAAUGUAAAUGCGUCCACUGGCAUUGUACAGUUCUACAAAGACAGCACUUGGCGCAUCAUCUGUGGCAGUGGCUUUGACAACUACGAUGCGACAGUCGUCUGUAGGGAGCUGGGGUACCCUUAUGGCUUUGCUCUUCCCAGGGGGACCUUUGGGACUCAAUAUUAUACCGCCGCGAUCAGCUACUUGAACUGUACCGGCUCAGAGACCACUGUAGCCAACUGCGGCUUCAGAGUGGGCGGCUGCGUCAACCGCUACCCCUACAACAAUUACGCCAGCGUCAUCUGCUCUAAGCAACCUGUCACCAACGAUUUUGACGUUGUACUUGGCACAACCUUCCCCACUAUGGUGAGGAUUCAGAAGAUGGGAAUAACAGCAACUGUCUGCAAUAACGGGUGGGGAGACGAGGAAGCUGGGGUGGUUUGCCGAUCUAAGGGAUACGCAUCGGGUGUGGCGUUUGGCGCUGUGGGGUACGCCUACAACACCCCUCCCCGUCUGUUAGUGACAAGCUGUAUCGGCAACGAGACGAGGCUUCAGGACUGCACGCUGUCAACAAACCUUCCGUCUUCCUGCACCUCGUCAUAUUACAAAGCUGCAUACGUCUACUGCUACAACGACAACGCAGGAGUGAACCUCCGUCUGAUAAAGAACGGACAAAUAUCCAACAGUGCUGGACGCGUCGAGGUUCAGAUCGGCGGUGUGUGGGGCAGCGUCUGUGCUUACAGUUUCAGCUCCAGCAGCGCACGCGUGGUGUGCAAGUCCCUGGGCUACCCUGAUGGCUCCGGUAAAAGCACGAGCACCUACGGCAGAGGGACUGGACCCGUGUGGUUGUAUUCUCCAACGUGCUCGGGUACAGAGAAGGCGCUAUGGAACUGUCGAUCCAGCAGGUUCAAUGUCACCAACAGCUACCCCUGCAACGGUCACCGAUACGACGUUGGAGUACAGUGUUCUGGUCUAGUUCGCCUCCAACCAAACACACAGUAUGGCGCUGUUCAGGUGUACGACGGCGUCAGCAGCUACCAGACAGUAUGUGCCGACAACUUCAACGACGUAAGCGCCAAAGUUGUGUGCAACCAGAUUGGCUACCUGUACGGCGUCAGUGUCGGUGCCUCCGCCUUCGGCAGACAGUACUACGGUAUUGGCUACACUAACGUCCGCUGCACAGGCCGCGAGACUCGCUUCAGAGACUGCCCCCAUGACAUCAGCAUGACCUACUGUCCCAGUAGGAAGUAUGCCUCGGCGGUCUGCUCCAACACGAACCCGCGAUCAGGGUACACCCUCGCCCUGCAAAACACGUACCAGGGCCGCGUCACGAUCGGUCACAUGGGCAUCAGUGGCUACAUUUGCCCCGACGGCUUCGACGACAGGGAGGCCAUGGUGAUCUGCCGAGAAAAGGGAUACACCGGCGGCUUCGCCUACACCUACUACAACAGAUACUACUCCUUCUACACCAUUUCCACAGUGAGAUGGUUGUCCAAUAUUAACUGUGACGGCUCAGAAACCUACCUCUCUAACUGUGCUGGAGUUCGGUUCGGCGACACUGCCAACUGUUCUUCCCAAGGGGAUGCCGCCGUCUACUGCUACCAAACUAGUGGUCUACAGGUGCGCCUGGGAAACAAGACGGGGUCUGCUGGUCGGGUUGAGCUGAGCGUGGACGGGUCCUGGGGUACCAUGUGUACACUAUACUCGGGGUGGUACAUGGACAAAAACGCCGACGUCCUUUGCCGCAUGCUCAACUACACCACCGGCCGUCACAUGGGUCUGGGAACAUUUGGCCCCGGAAGUGGAACGAUCUAUCUUAGCCGUCUGAACUGCAAAGGGACGGAGAGAUCUAUCUCCGAGUGUGCGUCUCGGUGGAGGCAGAGCUACUUCAGCUGUUCUAACCACCAGAAGGAUAAUGCUAUCAUGUGUUAUGACAACGUUCGUGUAAUGGGAUCCUCCACCGUCAACUACGGCCGUGUCGAAGUGUACAGGAACAACCAAUGGUCCCCCGUCUGCGACCACAACUUCGACAACACUGCUGCCCGCGUUGUAUGCAGGAAACUAGGCUACGCUGACGGCAAGUCUCAGUGCUGUAACGCAGUGGGAGAUGUCGACGCCUCCACCAUCAACGUCACCGUCAAUGGUUGCACUGGCACUGAGUCGGACCUGCUCAGCUGCAACCUUGCUUUUGGCACCUGCACUACCGGCAAAUACGCCACCGUCUAUUGCUCCUACAACAACAUACGCCGUAACGACGCCGCUGUCCGUCUUCAAGAUAGUUCGAAGGACUAUGGCUCCAUUCAGGUCAAUAGGUACGGAUUCUGGGGACCCGUUUGCAACGUUGGCUGGAACAAUAAGGACGCCGACGUUGCAUGCCGUUCUAUGGGCUUUGUUGGUGGCGUCACCUUCAGUGGGCAGAUCUACUCAUCGACUCCCAUGUUGGUUGGAAAAUUCAACUGUCAGGGUGGAGAGACUAAUCUGACCAGCUGUCCUUUCAGUGACCUUGACGACAAAGUUGACCUCGGCUGCAACUCCCCACCGGGACAAUCUAGACAGAGCGCUGGUGUCCUCUGCUAUAAUAACGAAAAUGGCGCCUCUGUAAGGUUGGCUGAUGGUGGGUCGAACUAUGGUCGUGUAGAGGUGAACUACAAUGGCGUUUGGGGGCGUGUGUGUGGCUGGUACUGGAGCGAUGUCGACGCUAAGAUCGCCUGUCGUCAACUAGGUUUUCUGGAUGGGAGUGCAAGACCAGUCGCUGAAAACAACAAUACCAAAGUGUGGAUGAACUAUGUGUCAUGCAGCGGUUCAGAAGCAUCCUUGUUUGAAUGCCCCAAAUAUUGGAACUACAGAUGGGGAUGUUCUAGGGAUGCGGGAGUCGUCUGCUAUGACACAAUCCGACUGACGCGUGGAAACCAGUUCUCCGUGGGUGUGGUCGAGGUAAACUUCAACAACAAUUGGGGCAGCAUCUGCAGCACUGGCUGGAGCGACACCGACGUGUCCGUGGCCUGUAAGGAGCUUGGGUAUCAGAAUGGCUUCAACCUGUGCUGUGGGGUGUACGGGAGUCAGUCCUAUGCCGUAUUGGACAAUGUCCAAUGUACAGGAAGCGAGAACAAGCUAGUGGCCUGCCCCCAUGACCCCCCUUCUUCCAGAUACUGCAGCGGAUCAGAUGCCUCCGUGGCCUGCUACAACGGCACUGCCGCUACCGCGUUCACAUGGUCCCUCGCUGACGGCAACAACUACACUGGCGAGGUCAUCGUCAACUACAUGAACAUGGUCGGUCGUAUCUGCACUGAUGAUUGGGAUGACAAAGAUGCAACUGUGGCGUGUAGAGAACUGGGAUACAGCAAAGGCUACGCCUACACCCACUACAAAUACUCCUUCUAUGCCGACAACGGACCCUACUGGACGUCAAAAACGAACUGUGCCGGCACAGAGAACCGUCUAGUGGAUUGCUCCCGAACACAACUGGGUAAAGUGACGUCAUGCCAAAAUUCCCACUCUGCUGGUGUGCUGUGCGGUGACAAUGUUGGUAUUUACUACAGCCUCUCCAAUGGAGGCCCUGAGAACGCAGGUCGAGUGGAAGUGUCUGUCAAUGGCGUGUUGGGUUCAGUAUGUCGCUCCUACUUCGACAGUAGGGAGGCUACGGUCAUGUGUAGAGGCCUGGGAUAUAAUGUAGGCUUGGUGGAUUACAACACCAAGUACCCUAACGCCUCCGGGCCCGUGUACGAGAGUAGAUUCCAGUGUACAGGCAACGAAGGAUCACUGGCAGAGUGCCCACAUGAGGGCUGGAAGGUCGCAACCAGUACAUACUGCAUGAACCACAACUACGACGCUGCCAUCACCUGCUACGGAGACAUCAAACUGGCGUCUGGGUUCUCCCCGGACAUCAAGCAAGGUCCAGUUCAGGUUUGGAGGAACAACACUUGGCACUACGUGUGCGACACCAACUUUGAUGACCUCACCGCGAAGACUGUGUGUAGAAGUCUUGGCUUUGUGGAUGGGAAGGCCCUGUGCUGCUCAGCCUAUGGAUCGAAAUACGUCAGGUACUCCUGGUACGGCAACGGCCCCGGCAGCUUCCUGCCCAACAUAACGAUGAAUUGUGACGGUACCAAGUCCGACCCCAUGACGUGCCUUACACCCGGCACCUGCUCCAACGACUACGCCUCCGUUGUCUGCUUCAACACCUCAGACACGGUCGAAGAAACCUACACCCUCGGAUUUGACGACUCUACUUCGGACAGUGGUCAGAUCGCUGUGCAGCACUACGACACGAAAGGCCGGAUAUGCAACACUUUCUGGACCGACACGGAGGCUGCAGUCUUCUGUAAGGGCCUGCACUACGACAACGGUAUCGCCUACCACCACUCUGUGAAAUACAACUACCAUCCUAUCAGAUCACGUGGUCCCUUCUGGCUCAGCGCCGUGAACUGUACCGGAAGUGAAACGUCCUUGACAGACUGCGCUUACAAUGACAGGAAGAGUUUGGGCAACUGCAGCUCCGCCGACAUUGCUUCAGCUAUCUGCUUCAAUGGAGACAAAAGUAUCCAGUACCGCAUGGUGGCGCCCGAUGGAACACAACAGAACUACGGUCGUGUGGAGAUGUCUGUAGGUGGUGUGUGGGGAACAGUGUGUGACAGAUACUUCGAUAACCGCGAGGCCGGCGUCUUCUGCCGUCAGAUGGGCUACAAGGACGGCUACGCCAUACCAAACGCCUUCUACGGCCAGGGGAGUGGCCCGAUGUGGCUCAGCGGACUACAGUGCGACGGCUCCGAACCCAGCCUCCACAGCUGCCCUCACUCCGGCUACAACAGCGAGGUCGUCUCGGGUUUCAGCUACUGGUCGUGCCAGAGUCAUCGCGAUGACGUCUCCGUUUUCUGUGUCGAUAAUGUGAGGCUUAACACCGGCCUCAACGCCUCCAUGGGCGCUGUAGAGGUGUACGCCAACAACAAAUGGAACGCCGUGUGCGACAACGGCUUUGACGGAAACGCCGCUCGAGUCGUCUGUAGGACAAUGGGCUUCACCUUUGGCGUAAAUAUCGGUGGGUCAUUGUUCGGUAUAACCGAAGGUCCAAUCGGCAUUGGCCAGGUGACGUGCAAUGGUCGGGAGGCUAACUUCAAACAGUGCUCUACGACAGCAUCAACAACCUGCAAAAGUGGAACCUACGCCUCUGUUGUGUGUUCCAACGACCCUAUAACUGAUAGCGGUUUCCUGCCUCGACUCAUUGCUGACGAUCUUGUUGCGGAUACCCAUGGGUUUCUGGAGGUAAAUAUCAACGGCAUCUGGGGCAGCGUCUGCGCCUCAGGCUUCGACGACCGAGCAGCUAACGUCGCAUGUAAGCAGCUACGUUUCAAAGGGGGCGUUGCCUACUCGCCCGCAAUAUACAACCCCUUCCACAGUACCGGUCAGCACAUCAUCAGCGAGACACGCCCCAUCUUGAUGACGGAGGUGGUCUGCAAUGGCAAUGAGGACAGUCUGGCAAAGUGUGCAUACAAGGCUCGCAGUACCACCAAGUGGUGUGACUAUUACGCCCCAAGAGCUGGAUUGCUUUGUUACAGGAACGCUGGUGUACAAUAUCGCUUGGUUAGCGCGGCGGGAGACAGCCCCCUGCAAGGCCGUGUUGAAAUGAAGUAUGACAACCAAUGGGGCACCAUCUGUGACGCCUCCGUCUCCUCCAACACCGCCAAGGUUGCCUGUAAGAGCCUCGGCCACGUGGACGGACUCCCAGUGUCCAGUGCCCGCUACAUGGUCGCAAAUGACAACAGGCCAAUAUGGUUCCAUUACUUUAAAUGCUACGGAAAUGAGACCACACUGCCUACAUGUAUGAAUGAUGGUUUCUAUUCAACGUUGUCCAUCUACAGGUUGUUUUGGUCGUCUUACUGUAAAAGGAUUGGACCAGCAUCAGCCAAGUGCUACAAUAAAGAGAUCAAGGUAACAAACGUUCGUCUUGUUGACGGCCAAACCAACAACACUGGUAGAGUGGAGGUAUACCUUCAGGGACCCGACCAGUGGGGCACCGUCUGUGACGACGUAUGGGACGACCAAGACGCCACCGUUGUCUGCAUGAUGUUCGGCUUUGCAAAGGGCAAGGCCAUGAAAAAGGCCUUUUACGGUCAGGGUAAGGGACAAGUCUGGAUGGACAAUGUUGGCUGCAAAGGGAAUGAAGCUCACAUACAGGAUUGUUCAUUUAACGGAUUUGCCAUACACAACUGCGCACACAGCGAGGAUGCCGGUGUACAAUGCUCAGGGGUGCUGCCAACAACUACUGCUACCGGUCCCACGGGAGGUCCUGUUACUCAGAAGAUCUCCAGUAACGCGCCCCCAGCAGCAGCCAUUGCAGUCCCCAUCGUGUGUGCACUGCUCAUCGCCGCUGCCGUCUGUGGCUUCCUGUACUACAGACGCCGAUACAAAAACAAAGACACCUUGACCAAGGGGCUUGUGCCUGACAUCCCUGCUACGACCUCGAGGGGUGGAUUCGGAGUGUCACUCGGGGGAGCGUCCGCCUUCUUUUCCAAGGAUGCUGAUGAGGGAGAUGUUUCGGGAGUGAGCAACCCCAAUUAUGACAAUGUUACACCAGAUGAAGCUAAACCAUCCCAUGUAGAUGCGAGCAAUGCAUAAUAUUGUUCGUAACUCGUGCGCGUAAAUAUGCUCAGAAAGUUCAAAGUUGUUGAAGGAAGUGUUUGAACAGUGUAAUGUACACGGAUGUAACAUUUAACUGUAUUGAUCAUUCGCGACAUAUGUUUACAUCAGGCAUCGUUUCUUUGUUAAUGAUACUUUUGUAAAAAAAUUUCACUCAUAUUUUUUCUAUUAAGUUUGCUUUCUUUCUAAAGUCUGAAUCACUUUGCUAUACUAUAUUUCGAUUGUGAGAAGGCGUAUACGACUUAUGAAGUAUAUAUUUUACAUAGUAGAUUUAAGAAAUAUAUCUGAGAUGUUUCUCCACUGGUUCAUGAAAUAUUGUAUAUAUGUAUUUUGUGAAUUUAUAUGCAAUGUAUAUUUGAACAAUUUCAUCAAUGAUUGUAUUUUGUAUUUUCAUAAUUCAUUUGUAAUACUGUUGUUAAUGUUAUUUAAUAAAUUUAUGUGGUCUCUU